AUGAAUUCAGAAUUAGGAUCCAUUACAGAACGUGCUCCAUUAAAAACACAGCCAACUCUUCCAAAAUAAUCACAAAGACCUGCAUUUUUAAAGACUGUUAAUUUGAAAACAAUACAUACUAAUAGAAUGAACUCAUUUCAAAAUAAAAUAUGGAGAGAUAAAGCACUUUUAGUUCUUAUGUAAGUGCUUCGCUUUAUAUCACUUAUUACUCGUAGUCCCUUUGCAUCAAAAUUCUCUCUAUUGGAUAGAAACAUGUUUAGAAUUAUUGGAGAUAAAGCAGCUGAUUUUAAUUAUUACCUACUCCAUGAUUACUUUAAAUAUAUGGUAAUUUAUCAAUCUAAUCAAGAAACCCUAAUAAUCAUCUCGCUUUAAAUAUUUCUUAUAAUAGCAUCUAUAUAAGAUUUGUUACAUGAAAGGGUUCAUGGAUUAUGUGACUAACUUAAGACUUAUCUUUGAACCUGAAUCAAUUGUAUUACUGCUUUGGAAUAUUAUCAUGCUUAUAAAUAUCAAUUUAAAUCUACUGUAUCUAACAGUUAGAUUUUCUUUUGAUUUCGAUAACUAUCCACCUGAAAAUUAUUAUUUUUGCGAAAUUUAUCUGUUUAAAUUGCCCUUUAUAUUAUAUAUAAUAGAUGUAAUAAUAUAACUUAAUACUUGCUAUUACGAAGCAGGUUACUUAGUGAAAGAUAGAAACAAGAUUUGGUAUAACUUUUACAAAAACAGUAUAUUUAAAAUUAUAAACUUUUAGAGUUUUUUAAUAAUUUAUUUAUUUUAGUACCUACCUCAAUUUACUUUAUAGCCUUCUAAAAUACAUCACUCUAUUUAUUUAUGCUGUUAAAGACAUUUUCAAUUCCAACUAUAACAGAAUCAAUAAUAGAUAGAGUAGAGCUUACUACUAAUUAUUGGAUAACUUAUGACUUAAUACGAUUAAUUUAUGUGAUUUUUUAUGAAUCCCAUAUAUGUUGUUGUGGAUUAUUUUAUGUAGGGCUUUUAGAUAAGGAAUCUUCUUGGUUAUUAAAGAAUGAUCUUAUAUAUGAAACUUGGAUUAUUAAAUAUGUAAUAAUAAGUUAUAUUAUUUAAGCUCACAACAUUUUAUUGGAGCAUUAUAACUAUGACUACUAUAGGAUAUGGCGAUAUUAUUCCUUAGAAUUUGUUUGAGAAGAGUUUUCUAAUUUUUCUUGCAAUUUUUUCUUCUUGCUCAUUUGGUUAUUCAAUAAAUUGCAUUGGAUAAAUAAUUGGCUAAUUAUAAUCCAAGAAUCAUUAAAUACGUGUUGAUUUAAAUGAUUUAAAAUAAUAUCUGAGAAUAAGAGGAUAUAAUAAUAAAUUACAGAUAAGGAUUAUAAGAUUUUUUGAAUUUCUUUGGAAAGAUUAAGAAAAUGAGAAUCGAUUAGAUCUAAAUAAAUUUAAUCAGUAAUUGCCCUCUCAUCUACAUAGUGUAAAUCUAAAUAAUAUUAUAGGAAAUGAUGAAAGACCUAAAUAUGAAGAGUAUAUCAAAGAUUCCAUUUUUUAAAGAGAAUUUUAAUGAAGAUUUUAUAUCUGCUUUAGCAUCUAAAUUUGUAGAAGAAAAGUUGGUUCCAUUCAAUACUAUAUUUACAAAAAAUGAUCCUAGUAAUUAUUUAUACAUUUUAUGUGAUGGUGAAAUUGAAUAUUUCGUCGAAAUACCAGAGGGUUCUGCUACUAUUUUAAGUAUUCAGACCAUAACAGGAUAAGAUGAAAUUUUUGGCUAAUAAGAGUUUCUAUUAGAUCAAAAUUAUGAAAUAAGCUGUAGAUCAACAAUAUAAUCAAGAAUCCUUAAAAUAUCAAAAACAGAUUUUAAUGUAAUAGCCAAGAAAUUUGGAUAUGUAUUUAAGUUGUUAAUUAUAGGAAAAAUAUUGCUAAUUGAAAGACUUAGUUAAAUUCUCAGGUCGAUUUGAUGAGUUUCAUUUACAUUGUGUUGGUUGUAAUAAAUCGACGCAUAUGUUAUAUUAAUGUCCUAUGUUAACUGGCUUUCCUAAUAAAACUAAAAUAAUUAUACAAUAUCGGAAAAAUUAAGUACAAGAAAGGAAAUAUCAAUCAAGAAAUAAUUUAAAAAGACGAUUAUCUUCAUUAAUUUUUGAAGCAUAAAUAUCUGAUACAGUGCUCUAUUAUUUAUUGAAAGACCCUAAACUAUCUUAAUAAAUCAGUUCUUAAUAUUAUAUCUAGACUUUAAAAUAGUAGUAAAUGUAAAAAGAACUAUAAAAUAAUAAUCAUAGGAUGAAUGGAUAAAAAUAAGUAAAAGAUGAAAUUAGAUCAACUAAAAGAAAGCAAUCCGUUUUAAAUAUAAAAGGAAGAAAAUAAUCUUUAUACAUAAAAAGAUUGCCUGAUUUUCUAAAUGGUUAGUAUAUAAAUGUUAAGGAAAAAUAAAUUGAAAUGAAUUAUAAAUCUUUACCUGAAGAUAAAAUUAAAUCAGGAGCACAUUCAAAUUCUAAAGGUGUUUCUGCCUAACAUUCAGAAACUCCUAGUCCUGAAAGAAAAAUGAGAAAUUAAGAAGAAAUCAAUAUUUUUGAAUAACAUAAAAUUUCUACAGAUAUUGCAAAGACUUUAUCAUUCAAGUCCAUGAAUCAAACCUCUUAGGAUUAAGAUUAAAUAAAUUCAGAUACUGAUAGUAUUAAGGAAAAUUCUUCUUUUUCAUAAAAUAGUAGCGAAUCUCCUUCAAAAGAGUCUAAAGGUGCUAGUCCUGGAAUGGGGCAAAUAGUUUAAUGUUAUAUGGGUACAUACAAAGAUAUUUUUGAGAAAUUCGAUAAAUUCCAAGAUUUUUAAAAUUACAUGACACAUAUGAAUUCUUCAAAGAUUCUUGAGCAGCUUAAUCAAUUCAAAGAAACCUAAAAUUUUACUGAUUUCAUGAACGUGAAUUUCGUGAAAAAGCGUAGAUCGAAAAAAAGUAAAUUGGUUAUAAAAAUUGAUUAUUGA